GAGAGGGGCCUCAGUGAGAGGGAAUGCAGGACUGCAAUGGAGCACAAUGCAAUACAGUGGUUGGGUGCUCCCUCCUGCCAGAGAGGCAGCUUCUCCUUCUACAAGUCCGUGAGCGGCCGGGCUCGACCCGACGGCCCGGUCCGGGUCUGGAGGCUCGGGGAGUUCUACUGCGUCCGCUGCGGACCGCAGGAUCCAGUCUGCAUCGCAGAGGUCACCUUACUGUGGGAGGACCAGACACGGCGCCACCUGCUGGCCAGCGCCAGACUCUACUUCCUGCCCGAGGACACGCCAAAGGGGCGGACUAGAGAGCACGGAGAGGAUGAAGUUCUGGCCGUGUCCAGGAAGAUGGUGGUGCGGGUGGAGGACCUGGUGCGGUGGUCCUGUGCCACGCCGGCCAGCUGGAGCUGCAGUCAGAAGCUGCAGCCCGGAGGCGCCAACGGCCUGCACCGAGCUCCACCGACGGCCGGCGCUCCGGAGCAGGACGGCGAGGAUCGCCUGGGAGACGAAACUGAGGCAGAGCUCCCGGGCGUCAGAGUGCUGAGCUACCCGCAGUACUGCCGCUUCCGCUCGCUUCAGAGACGCAUCCAGGGCGGAGCCAGGGGCCCCUCUCUGCAGGACCCCCACCUGUUGGCGCUGGGCGGAGUCAAGGCGCCGCCCCUCACCAGGCUGAUGUACUGCAGGGACACCUUCAACCACCCGGCGCUGGAGAGCAGCGCAUGCUUCUCCUGGCAGUUCAGAUGCUCGUCUCUCAGCCUCCGAGGACGACCCCGGAAGAGGAGGGGUCACGACGGCAAAGAUUCUCCUAACAGCAGCCAAUCAGAAUCCUGGAUCGACAGGAUGAAGGAGAACGUGAUGGGCAGCGUGGAGGUCAGCUGUGAGGGCAGCUGGCUCCCCCACCCCGAGGAGCAGCUGUUCCUGGAUCAGCUGUACGCCUUCAUGGACCGCCACGGCUCGCCUAUCCACAAAGUCCCCAACCUGGGCUUCAAGAAGAUCGACCUCUUCCUGAUGUACUCUGUGGUCAAGCGUCUGGGCGGAUACAGAAAGGUGACCACGGAGCGGCUCUGGAAGGUGGUGUACAACGAGCUGGGCGGGUGUCCCGGCAGCACCAGUGCCGCCACCUGCACCCGGAGACACUACGAGAGGCUGAUGCUGCCGUACGAGGAGCACCUGAGAGUCGGAGGAGCCCACUUUAAAGUCCCAGAGACCCUGGAGCCACCAAAACCCCGAGCCAUACGAGGACGACGACCCCUACCGAGAGGCAGGAGGCCCGGGCCCAAAGCCAAGGAGAGGAAGGCAGCGACCUCCGCUGCGCCUCAUCCUCCUGCUGAGGCUAUCCUGGACCCGAGCGGCGCCGGCGUGAAGAGAGGCCGCGGACGGCCGCCUGGAACUCGUAACAAGGCCACGCUGAUGGCCCAGGCCAAGCUGCAUACGCAGCAGCAGCCGCGGGUCCAGCCAGCACCAGCGGAGCGUUCACCUGCCGCCAACUGCAGAGGGGCGCCCACAGCCAGCAGCACACACAGGGCCAACCAGUCCCCCCUCCUCCCCAUCCACCUGCCCCUGACGCCGGAGUUGUCCCCCAUGUCCACCACCUUCCUGCCGUUCCAGCCCAAACAGAGGGAGCUCAAGCCGGACCUGCCGGGCCCGGUGGCAACUGCUCCGACCGUUCUCCUCUCUGCUCUGCCGCGCCACUUUGUCGGGGGCUCUCUGAGCGGCUUCAGUCCCAUCAAGGGGGUGUGUCCACUAGACGUCUUCAGGAGCCGCGUCAGCCUCCAGAGGGGUCCGGAGAGCCCCGCCCUGACGGCCCAGGACCCCGCCCAGGACUCCCCUGCCGUGUUCCCCCUGCAGCCCAAACCAGACUCGCCCCAGCCGAGCGGCGAGCAGCUGCACCCGCCGCACAACCGCUGCUCCGGCUGCAGCGUGGAAGAGGGGGGGCAGAGGGGGAGCGGGCGGGACGGCAGGACCCGGCCCCCCCUGCCCCCGCUGCGGGUGCUGCCUCUGAACCUGGACUGCAGCGUCCAGGUGUGUCAGCUGAUGAGGACUCGACACCUGGACCCGACCCAGCUGCAGAGCUUCACGCGGCGCCUAUCGGAGGCCCUGUCCCAGGACCUGAGCUCCAAACCCCCCUGUUCCCCCAUCACGCCCCCGCCCGAGCAGGCGCUGCCCCUCAACCUCAGCAAACGGGUCCCGCUCAAGAGACCCGCCCCAGAUGGAUCAGGAGCCAGCUGGCCGGUCGUGAACGGGAACUCUGACCCGCUGUCGUCCAAACGGUCCCGGAGCGGCUCCCAGGAGAAGGCUCAGGACCUCCGGCUGGGGGUCCGGUCCGGCUCGGAGGGAGGGGCGGGGCCGGGCCUGAGCGUGGAGCUGAGCGGUCAGGAGGAACCCGCAGACCUGAGCUCCCCCAGCAGGAUCCGGGCCUUCCUGCUUGGACUGCCGCCCUUUCAGGUGAGAAUGGAGGAGGACCUGAGCAGGACCAGGAUCGGAACCAGGCCCGAGGCCGAGAGCCAGGGCACCGCAGGAGGCGCUGCAGUGAAAGAGGAGCAGGAGGAAGUGGAGCAAACGGAGAGAACCCACAAACUACCGAGGCAGGAGGACCGGGACCUGAGGCCUUGUCCUGGUCCCGGUUCUGCAGAGCUGACGGCCGGGCCCUCCAACAGAGACACGCCCUGUUUUUAGCCGUGGGCUCCGCCCCUCCUCCACCUUUAGCUCCGAUUGGAUCCUGGCCUUUUCAGGAUAAGAAUCCCUCCGGAUGGAACUGCUGACAAUCGGACCGGUUCCCUUCUGUUGGUUCUGAAGGGGAACCAAACGCUAGCAGAACUCCACGGACUCCCUGCUGCCCGCGAGCGUGGAGGAUGCUGGCCAUCAGAACCACAGGUACCGGCAGUCUGACCGGACUCAUUCGCUGAGGAGCCGCCGGGCAAAAACAUCGAGAGCCGUUCUGUAGUCCUGAAUCACACAAACCCACAAACCCACAAACACACACGGACACACACUCGUGCCUUAAGCUUUGGUUGGCGUCUCCUCGAGGACACUCCUCCUCCACGUUCAGACCUCCUCAGUCCUCUGCUGCCGCUUCCUCAGAAACUGCUGGAGUGAAGAUCUGUCUGUGAUCUUCAGGAUCUGCGCUGAUCCUCAGCUGGAAAAAACAGCUGGUCCCAAGGCGUUCCCGGGGCGGUCCCGGAGCGUUUCUGGGGCGGUCCUGGACUCCUGGAGUGUUUCCGGGGCGGUCCCGGGCCGGUCCUGGACUGGCAGGGCUCCGUGGUGUGAGUUGAUCAUGUGGCAUCAGUAGCAGGUGUCCCUCAGAUGGUAAAGCAGAUGUUCCUGCAGGUCUCACAGCCUCCAUCACAGCUCCUCCUCACGUCUGGUCGUUAGAGACGGACCCGUCGGUUUUCUGGUCCGUUUUCCGGAACGACCUUCAGUUUUGGCGCCGCAGGUCCACGUCCUAAAAGAGAGAUCAUCAGACGAUCUCGUCUCAGUCUGAGGAACGAUGGAAGCUGUGAGAGAACGGGAACGUUUUCACCGUCCUCGUGAAGCUAGCUAAAGAACCGCAGCUCCGGUUAGCUGUAAACCCACCAGACGGAACCUUUCACGGCGCCGUCCAAACGGGUCAGAACCCGGAAGUGGUGAAGGGUUAGAAGGUCAAAAUUUGCAGCUUCAUGCCCUGAAGCCUGGUUGCAAUGGAAACCAAAGGGGCGGAGCUAAGGACGUUCCUGAAUAGGAUUGUUUUAGUAACUUCCUGUUUACGGACGCAGAAGGAGGCGGAGCCUCCGGCGGAGGUCACAACUAAACUGAGGCGGAGGUUUGUCUUGAGGUCUUUCUUUGCACACCUGCUGUUUGUUUCUCCCUAUUUAAGCCUUUCUCUACUAACCUGCAGCUUCAGUUCACGCACAUGAUGGAUUUUAGCGGGGGAGGUUUCAUGAAGGGGGCGGGGCUUUGCGGCACACCUGUCUGUUCGAAGAGAUUUUAAAGCAUAAACAUGAAACGGGAGUCGGCAGGUGGAGGAGGAGGCGGAGCAGACGUCCUCUGGUCACAUGUCUGGGAUUCACCUGCAGCCGUUCAGCACUAAGACUCACUACAGGGUAUGGCGUGUACAUAAGGACCGCCUCUCCACAGCGGAGAACCUUUAUUUAUUGAUCCUCAGCCUCUCCCGACCUGGUGGGCUUCACGGAACCGGUUUGUGGUCCUUGUUCUACCGGUCAGUCGUUUGGAUGCAUUUAUGGACGUUUUCCUUCAUCUUCUGUUCGUCUGAGACGGCUCAUUAACGCUAAACGUGUCUGCUAGCUUAGAGGAAGAAACGCAGAUAUUCAGCAGUUUUUCAUUUUUAAUAAUGUUUCUGUAAAUCCAACUUUUCCAACCCUUCAGUGUUUAUUUUGUAUGUUAAACGUUAUUUUCUUUCUGAGCAUUUGGAGGUGGCCAGUAUCUGAAGCUCCUGUAGGUCAAUGGCCGUUAGCCCGUUAGCCCGUUAGCCCUCGUCCGAUGGUUCAGCAGGAAGUGAAGGAGUUUCUGAGCUCGUUAAAAACAUCCUUCAGAACAUGUAUUUGGGUUACCUUCACCAACAGUGUUUAUUCUUCAUCUCAGUGACAGACGGUGGUGUUGACGGUGGAGGUUCGGCUUCAUCCAGAGUUCUUCAAUCCAGUUUUUUACUUCUUUUAUGGACCAAAUGUUCUUGUUUGGAACCGGCAUUAAAUGAAAAUUGUUUCAUUGAAUACAACUGAGAUGCUAGUAGAAAAGCUAGCAUCUAUGCUAACAGAAAUACUAGCAUAGACGUUAGCUAAGAUGCUAACAAAAAGGCUAUCAGAUAUCCUAACAGAAAUGCUAGCAUAGAUGUUAGCUAAGAUGCCAACAGUAAUACUAGCAUUUAUUUUAGCUAAGAUGCUAACAGAAAUGCUAGCAGAUCUACUAACAGAAAUGCUAGCAUACAUGUUAGCUGUGAUGCUAACAGAGAUGCUAGCAUAGUUGUUAGCUGACAUGCCAGCGGAAAAGGUUAGCAUCUAUGCUAACAGAAGUGUUAACAUAGACGUUAGCUGAGAUGUUAACAUAUACGUUAGCAUAAAUGCUAGUGCUCCCCGCUUCCAUGUAAUCUUUGUUUUCAUUGUUUCCUUUUACGUUUAAAGCAUGAAAUGAUCGUGUUUUUACAAUUGUUUGAGCUCUCCGCUACAGAUGAACUUUUGUCUUAACUUUUUAAACCGAUUUGUUUUUUUCAUUUUUGUUGUAUUUAAUGUAUCCUCUGAGUACCGUUUUAUAUUUCUAUUUUAACCGUGACAGGAAGAAUUCCAGAAACCUCAGCCGCAGACGGCGGCGUUGCUUUAGCUUAAAGCUAGUCUGGGAUUUUUAUUCUUAAAGCUUGAAAAGUUUCAGGAACGACGUCAAACUCUGGAAACCUGUUUCUGAUGGUUCGAUGACGGAGUGAAAAGACGGUUCUGACUGGUCUGAACCGGUUCUGACUGGUCCUGUAACCCAGAACAAACCGGUUCUCUGAAGCGCAUUGGACACCCCCCUCCCCCCGGUUUGUAUUAUAAGAACCUGCGACUGUCAUCCGUGGGGGGGGGGUCUUCCUCACCACAGAUUUUUGUUAGACUUUGAUCCAUCUUCUCGUGGUCGUACUCGUCUCCAUGUGGUCUCCAUGUUUACAUGACUGCAUGUGGAACGGCGUUCCUCACUCCGGCGUGGCGAGGACGGCUCCGCCACACUCCUUCAAGUGCCUGAUCUUCAGAAGCCACGCCUCCUGAUGGACGCUAUUGUUGAACUUUCUCAUGGGGGGGGUUGUGCAAACUGGACCUAAGAGUUGGGGGAGGGGGGGGACUAUGACGAUGAAAUAAAGGUGCUACAUGUCACAUGGAAACGUCUGAGCUUGUUUU